GGAGUAUUGGUAAGAAUAGACAGACUGACAGCACGGGAACUCGAGUCAGGAUCGUUAUCUUGAACCCUGCAACAAUAUGAAGAAAGUGUUUUUAUUUGUUUCUUUCGUAUUCAUUUCGGACGGUGUGUUUGGGGACAUGGAAAAAGUGUCAGUGAAGGAGGGAGAUUCUCUAACUCUACACACUGAUAUCACUGAAAUACAGAGGAUAUUUUUCUUGAUGUGGAUGUACGGAUCUCAAAACACUAUUAUCGCUAAAAUUGAUGGGAAAACGCAGACAGUCUCAUUAUACGAUGUUGAUGAUGGGAGGUUUGAAGACAGACUGCAACUGGACAAUAAGACUGGAUCUCUGAACAUCAGUGACAUCAGAACCAAACACUCUGGAGAUUAUCAUCUAAAGAUUAUCAGCAACGAGACUUUCCUCAAGACUUUCAGUGUUACUGUCCAUGAUGUGAUUUUUGCCGGGUUAGAAAACAAGAAAGAAGGAGAUUCUGUUACUCUAAACGCUGGUGUUACUGAUUCACAGAAACAGGAUCUAAUACAAUGGACAUUUGGACCUACAAAUCCAGACAGGUUUGUAGCUGAAAUGAAAAUGAAGGUUCAUGAGAUCACACUGAAUUCGGAUGAUAUAUUCAGAGGGAGACUACAUCUGGAAAACCAGACAGGAUCUCUCACCAUCAGAGACAUCAGAACCUCAGACGCUGGAGUUUAUCAGCUGCAGAUCUCCAACAGUAAAGAAACACUCUACAAGAGAUUCAAUGUUUUUGUCGCCGUUCCAGAAACGGGUCUGUCCACUGGUAAUAUCGUGUUCAUUUGUGUCCUGCUGUUUGGUGUUGUAUCUCUGGGUGUGAUUUAUCUGUUCAGAUACUCUAAACAGAAAGAAAAGAAGACCGUGUCAGUGUCGGAGGGAAAUUCUGUCACGCUAGAACCUGGUGCAGUCGAGACCCAAAGAGACGAUGAAGUGCUCUGGAUGUUUGGACCUCAAAAUACAUUCAUCGCUCAAAUCUACAGAAAGGCUGGUAACAUCUCAUAUGCUGACGAUGAGCGAUUCAGAGACAAGCUACAGCUGGACCAUCAGACUGGAGAUCUGACCAUCAGCGACAUCAGGAUCCCAAUCUCUGGAGAUUAUCAGAUGAAGAUCACCAGCAAGGACACACAAAAAAUCACGGAGGGAGAACCUGUCCAUCUGCAGACCGGUGUCACUGAACUACAGGAAGAUGAAGAGAUACAGUGGAUGUUUGAAGAUGCCAUCAUAGCCACAGUUAAUAGAAAGAGCAGUGAGAACAGUGCCUACAAUGUUAACAACGAGAAAUUCAAAGGCAGAUUGGAGCUGGACGAUCGAACUGGAGAUCUCACCAUCAUGAACACUAAAAGCACUGACUCUGGAGUUUAUGAACUGUAG